AUACUUUCGCGGGAUGUUUUAACACGUGAUAAAUGUUGUCAGCUGCAAACCAAACGAAUCAGAACCAAACGAAUCAGACAGCACCCAUCACCUUGUUUACAAGAAUUUAUAUCUGGUGGUUUGUGAAAGAUGUCCUCUCCAAGUAGCAGAGUAAGUACUCCUAGCACCAGGAGCAAACGAGGCCGUGGUGAUGAAAGUGCAAAUGGUACCCCCAGCAAGCGAGGACGUAGUAGUCAAGGCGAUAGCCCUGAACAUCCAGUUACACCCAGACGCUCGGGGCGAUCCACAGCGCAUGGAACUCCAUCCAGUAAAGCUGGCACUCCUCGUCGAAGCACACGCGGAAGUACCGCAACGUCACCCAAGGCCCCGUCAGAUAGACCUCUAGACUCCUCACCAGGGGGUGACUUACCUCCUAUGCCCUCCUCCCCUGCCUCAGGGGAGCCAGGACACGUUCAUGAUACUUCCCUCUUCUCCAGCCCUGGGGGCGCUAGACCAGGUAUAAGUGAGCUUGAUAUGAGUUCCCCUCUGAACUAUGGCACUCCUAGUUCAUCACGCCUUGGAAGCACACCAGGACGCAGUGUUGGUACUCCCAUCCGUCCAAGGAGCGACAUCCGUAGUGACAGGAAGAUUAGGCAAGUUAACUUGGGCUCGGAUCAAUCGGGUGAGCCAGCUACCGAGCCAACUGGAGCAGUGACCAGUGACCAACCCGCCGGUCAGCAGAUGGUCAUCUGGGGAACCAAUGUGGUUGUCACGGAAACCAAAGAUAAAUUUCAGCGAUUUGUUGAGCGUUUCAUCGAUCAUGAUGCUGACCCUUCUGAAGGCAUCAAUCCUCAUGAACCAAUCUAUUUGCAGAAAUUAGAAGAGAUCCAAACCCUUGAGUUGCCAUUUUUGAAUGUGAACUGUAAGCACAUGAAGGACUUUGAUGUGGACCUCUACAACCAGCUGGUCACCUACCCACAGGAAGUGAUUCAGAUCUUUGACAUGGCCGCCAACGAGAUGUUCUUUGAGCGUUAUCCGGACACAAACCUUGAGCAUCAGGUCCAGGUCCGGACCUUCAAUGCAGAGAAGACCAAGAACAUGAGGUCCCUGAACCCUGAAGAUAUCGACCAGCUGAUCACCAUCACUGGAAUGGUCAUCCGUACCUCCCAGCUCAUUCCCGAGAUGCGCGAAGCGUUUUUCCGUUGCCACGUCUGCUCCUACACCCAGAGUGUGGAGAUUGACCGCGGUCGUAUCGGCGAGCCGGCCGUCUGCCGAGGCUGCCAGACCAAGUACAGCAUGGCGCUCAUCCACAAUAGAUCGCAGUUCUCGGACAAGCAGAUGGUUAAACUCCAGGAAUCACCAGAUGACAUGCCUGCCGGUCAGACCCCACACACCGUCGUCCUCUAUGCCCACAACGAUCUUGUAGACUUUGUAUCGCCCGGUGACAGGGUGUCGGUGACCGGUAUCUACCGUGCUACCCCUCUCCGCGUGAACCCCAAUCAACGCAAUGUCAAGGCUGUGUACAAGACCUACAUUGAUGUCAUCCAGUUCUGCAAGGAUGAUGCGGAGAGGCUACAUGAGAAUGUAGAUGAUGGUGAUGGUAAACAAACUUUCACAGAGGAGCGAAAGGAAGAGCUCAUCAAUCUCUCCAAGACAUCAGAUAUCUACAACAGACUUGCUCGAGCACUAGCACCAAGUAUUUAUGAGAAUGAAGACAUCAAGAAAGGAAUCCUCUGUCAAUUGUUUGGAUCAGCCAAGAAAGAUUUCUCUGAGGCAGGAAGAGGCAAUUUCAGGUCCGAUAUCAACAUUCUCCUAUGUGGAGAUCCUGGUACCAGUAAGUCACAGCUGCUUCAGUAUGUACAUCGUUUGGUCCCUAGAGGGCAGUAUACAUCAGGCAAGGGGUCGAGCGCUGUCGGUCUGACUGCCUACGUCACAAAGGAUCCGGAGACGAGGCAACUGGUUUUACAAACUGGAGCCCUAGUACUCAGUGAUAAUGGAAUCUGUUGCAUCGAUGAAUUUGACAAGAUGAACGACAGUACAAGAUCUGUUUUACAUGAAGUUAUGGAGCAACAGACACUCUCAAUCGCCAAGGCUGGGAUCAUCUGUUCUCUGAAUGCCCGUACAUCCAUCUUGGCCGCUGCUAACCCUGUGGACUCGCAGUGGAACCCUAAGAAGACUAUUAUUGAUAACAUUCAGCUCCCUCAUACCCUCCUCUCAAGGUUUGACCUAAUCUUCUUGAUGCUAGAUCCUCAGAAUGAGAUCUUCGAUCGUCGCCUUGCCAACCAUCUUGUUUCCCUUUAUCAUCAAGGAGGCCAAGAAACAGAGGAGGAAUUCAUGGACAUGAGCCUGCUGAGGGACUACAUUUCUUACGCGCGGACCUACGUCCAACCCAACCUCGGUGAUGAGGCUAGUCAGCUCCUCAUCCAAGCCUACGUAGAAAUGAGGAAGAUCGGCAGUGCCAAGGGAAUGGUGUCCGCGUAUCCUAGGCAACUGGAAUCGCUGAUAAGGCUGUCCGAGGCACACGCUCGCAUGAGGUUCUCUAAGGAGGUGGAGAGAGAGGAUGUUCACGAGGCUAAGAGGCUCCACUACGAGGCCCUGAAGCAGGCUGCCUUUGACCCGAGAGACGGAACCAUCAACGUUGACAUCCUAGCCACCGGUGUUAGUAACACGGCCCGUAAGCAGCAGCAAGAAUGUGCUAGCGCCCUCAAGAAGCACAUCGAAGCAAAAGGCAAGGUCGUCAUGCUCAAGUAUCAUCAGCUUUACGAAGAGUUCAGACAGUCAUCAGAUCUGUCAGUUAAAUGUCACUCAAGUGAGUGUUUCCUAGAAGUCUGUCAUGCAUUGGUUCACUUUAAUAAGUAUGAUUUAUGAUUUAUAUGUAAAUUGCUGUAUCUAAUCUUAUCUCUCAAUUACCCCCUUAUUUCCUGUGCAGCCAAUUACAAGAGAUAUGUUUGAUGGAGCACUGAGAGUUCUACAGGACCAGGACUUCUGUAUCAAGACCAACAAAACCAUCAGGAUUAUCUAAAACUAGAAUUGGAUGGACCAAGACUUCUGUAUCAAGACCAACAAAACCAUCGGAAAUUCUGGAUUAUCUAAAACUAGAAUUGGAUGGACCAAGACUCCUGUAUCAAGACCAACAAAACCAUCGGGAUUAUCUAAAACUAGAAUUGGAUGGACCAAGACUUCUGUAUCAAGACCAACAAAACCAUUGGGAUUAUCUAAAACUAGAAUUGGAUGGACCAAGACUUUUGUGUUAAGACCAUCAUGAUCUUCUAAAAUCUAGACUUUGAUGGAUCCUUUAUUGCUCAGGACCUGAACUCUGAUGUAAAAAAAAAAAUCUGGACACAUUAUUUCAUCAAAUCUUCGACAACAGCUCUGCAUUGAGAUAGGAAACAACCAUAAAACACAUCUUUUUAAAAUUUCCUGUUAACAAAAUGUAAAAAGAAAAAUCAUAUACAUUAUGAUAUUGAUAUUAUUUUCUGAAUGGUGGUUAUUCUUUUAGCCCAUGUUUUCCUUGUCACCGUUUGCAAGAUAAAGAUACUUUGAUUAUUUUCUUAAGUAUCUCCUCAAUUUUAUCUCGUUAUGCGAGUAUUAAAAAAAAUAUAAUGUUAGAUUGAAAAUUCAAUGCUUUUAAGACUAGAUGGAAACCAGAAAUAUAAUAAUAAAUAUAUAAUUAAUUGAAAUAUAAUUAAUUAUAUAAUACAAUGCUCAACUAUAUAUUUUUUUCUAUACAUGUUAUAUUGUUAGGGUACGGUAAUCAAAGGCUGUAAUUACACUUUCUUUGAGAGAAAUGUUUUUUUAUGAUCAUGAACUCUCUACAUGAUAUUAUGUUUCAAGUUGUAAUAAGAAGAAUGUGUGAAUUUCCUCUGUUUGAAAUAUGAAUAAAAUUGCUUUGUAAGAACAUAAUGGUUGCAUUGGAUCAGAGAAUUUGCUUGUGUAAAGUCCUGAACAUUCACUAUAAAGAUCCUCGUUACUUUUGCAUGUAAAAUUCCGCAAAACCUAAUGAAUUGCUCGAGUAAGAAGUGGAAAAACAUCCUCAUAUUGUAACAGCUUCUACAAUGUGAAACUGCAUUCCAGUGUUUCUUGUUAAUAUUCUGUAUACGGUAUUAAGUGAUUAUUUCAGAGUGGUGUUUAUAUUUUUGUUUACUUAAGCCAGCCAGUCUUCAUAGGGCAUCAAGCCAUCAACAUAGCAGUAUGUUUAUUUAUGGUAGUGAAAGCAACUAAGAUAUUAUGCCUAUCAAAAAUGCAGAGUGAAAACAAAAAUGGUAAAAAAAGACAAUUUUAUUAUUAACACGUUGAAGGUAUUCAACUUUAUAUCCAAAGUUUUGAAUACCAAUAGCUCUGUAAUUGACUUUCAGGCUGAGGAUGACGUUAGCUUACCUUCAAACGUGUUCUCUUUAUGAAAAUGUUAGUAUUUCUUCUUUAUUUUUUACAUCGGGUUAUUCUUAUGUCAUCCUUGUGGUAAUAUCAAAAUCACAGAAAAAAGUUUAAUAACCAGCAUGUGUAUUGUCGUCCCUAUACAAUUUUGAACCUCUUCUACGAAUGUGUUGUAUGUGAGGGUCCCCUCUUUAUUUUCUCUUUCAGUUAUUAUGUUUGUUUCUAACAAAUGGUUGGUAAUCGAAAAUGUUAUGAAUCCAAGGUACUUUAAGGUGACAAUUUUACCAUGUAUUUGCUAUUUCUAAACAUGUGAAAAAAAAUCACAUUUUCAGUUUAAAUUCAACAAGUCUUACAAUUUUUUGUCGAAGAAAGUGCCUUUAAGGUAACCUGAAAUUAAUUGUAUAUAUGUAUAACAAUUUUUUUUUUUGAAAAGAAAAUAUAGAAAAAGCUCAUCUGUAAUAUAAAUUUGUUUGUACAUACUGUAUGUAUUAACGAGAUGUCAUUGUACUAUCUAGCCCCACCCCGGUUUCAUGGAAGAUAACAGAGACAAAAUAUCUUUGUCCCAUUUGCUAUCAGCCAAUCAAAUGCUAGGAUUUUCAUUAUUUCAUGAAACCGGACCCUGAUUGUAGGUAGAUCAGCAAACGUGUAUAUGAGCCUCACCAUUUGGGCUUUGAUCGAAUUAUCAGUCAAUUUGUAUAGAUUGGAAAUACUUCAUUCGUGCUGUGACAUCAUGUGAACAUUUCACUCAAUAAAAUGGUAUAUAAACACUGA